AUGCCAUAUGUAUACCAAAGCGCGCGUCUUAAAGACGCCCAUUCAUCGAAACGAUUCAAUAUUCCGUAUAUUAAAGAAGUUGGCCAUAAAGUUUAUGUGGAAUCGGCUCCUGAAGUCCGUCACGCAAUGAUAAAUACUUUAAAAAUGGACGAGGUCGAUGUGAUUUUGGUGUCGAACAUUGAAAAUUUCGUCGGAUUGCCGUUUUAUACGGAAGGCACCGGAUUUAGCGGAAAAGUUUUCAUGACAGACGCCGUUUUUGAAUUGGGAAAAGUGGCCAUCGAAGAAAUGGUUGAAUAUUUCGCGAGAAUCGAUUUUCCGGCGAUCGAUAAUCGAUGGAAGGAUGAAGACGUCUACACGAGCUUCCCGAAUGUGCCGCACUCGAAGCCCGCUUCAUGGCAUUCAUUCUAUUCCGAGCAUGUGCUCGAUUCGUGCUAUAAUCGCGUCACAACGCUCUCAUUCAAUCAGACCAUUGAGGUAUUUCGGAUUGAAAUCACGCCGAUUUGUAAUGGAUAUUCGCUCGGAUCUGCUAAUUGGACAAUUAAAACUGAAAAUGAGAAGGUCGGCUAUUUGUCAGCUUCAAGCAAAAUUUUGUCGCAUGUGAAGACGUUGGACACUCAAGGCCUCCGAUCUUGUGAUUAUAUGCUCAUAUCGUCGAUGAAUCGUAUAGUUGAUAUCACGUUGGAGAAUGUGUACCAUCGAGUCCGAGAAAUUGUGAGUACGACCCUUAAAAGGGGCGGAAAUGUUCUGUUGCCGAUCAGCAGCGUCGGAUGCGUCUAUGAUCUACUGGAAGCCGUUUCGGAUGUUAUCGAUCAGACGCCGGGCAUCUCGAUCGACACGCCGAUUUAUCUGAUAUCGCCGAAAGCGAAGAACUCGAUUGCAUUGGCGAGCAUCAGCGCGGAAUGGAUGUCGCCGCAUUGGCAGAAUAAUGUUUAUAAGCCCGAAGAGCCAUUUAGGCAUUCAGCGCUAGUGAAAGCCGGCCGAUUGAAAAUUUAUGAUUCGUUGUAUGGCGAAUUCUCGAAAGAAUACAAAACGCCGUGUGUUAUGUUCGCCGGCCAUUCGACGCUUCGAAUCGGCGACGCCGCUCAUAUGGUCGAGGUGUGGGGAUGGGAUUCGCGCAACGCCGUCAUCCUCACCGAUCCCGAUCUCGCGUUCGAUGAUGUUCGCGAUCCGUUCAAAGAGUUGCCGAUCGCGUUCAUGAGUUGCCCGAUGGACUUUCGUUUGAGUUUCGACGAGCUUCAUGCGAUUUUGGCCGAUGUCAAACCGGGAUUUGUCAUCUCGCCGCCUCAAUUUAUGUCGCCGUUGAUGCCGAAUCGAAGCGAUUUGAUGCUUAAUUAUGGAUUGGGUGGUGUGACAUCGAUAAUGUUUGAUGAGCCGAUGAUUUUGUCGAAAUUGACGAAGAAGAAGGAAAUGAAUGUGAAGGUCAAAGUCCAUCCGGAUAUUGUGAAAAAUCUCAAGUUUAUGAAGCAUCCGAUCGAUAGAAAUUUGGCGGUGGCGCCAAUCAAUUGCCAUCUUUCAUGCUAUAAUAAUCAAUUUGAGCUUUUGCCGAUUCCCAACGAUGGGUUUAAGCGGAAAAAACGAAACGGAAUAGUGACGUCGGCGCAAUUGACGAGUUUUUUGAAGAAAAGAAAAUUGGAGUUCACUGAGGUGAGAUUGUCGGAUCAGACGACGAAAAUUGUCAAGAUACCGAGUUUGGAAGGCAGUGUUACGAUUUAUGAAGCGAGGAAUAGGAUAAAGAUUACGGCGGCUUAUGAAGAGAAACGACGAAAAAUCCAUGAGAUCAUAACGAAUAUGACGGAUGAGGACGAAGGAUACACGCUUAAUAUGGAAAUCGAGCCGAUUUGA